AGUAAAUCUUUCUUGGUCAUAAUAAGCCUGCAGCUUCGAAGAGAUUUCUCCGUCUUAAAAGUCUCAUCUACAAGCUUGAAAGUUUUUCUUUUACCAGUUUCUGAUCAACGACAGUAUUUCUAUAUAUUUCAAAUUCACGAUCCACAAACUUCUCUCUGCCCAAUUAUAACAGAGUUUAGUGGUGAGAUGGGGUCGUCGAACGAGCACAUAGUUGAUAUUGAACAGAUAUCAACCUCCAUAGAAAAAGAGUUAGAAAUCUUGCAUCCUUUAUCCGAUGAGUGUUGCAUCUAUAGAGUUCCUAACAUACUACGUCGAUCAAAUGAAGAAGCUUACACUCCUCAAGAAGUCUCCAUCGGCCCACUUCACCAUGGCAGACCAGAACUAAAACCAAUGGAGGAGAUUAAGAGAAGAUAUCUGCAAGAAUUUCUUCUCCUCAGCAAUAGUACUAUGAGUUUGAAGGAAUAUGUAAAGUUUAUCGAGGAGAGGGAAACCAAGUUGCGUAACUGCUAUGCAGAAACUAUUGAAAUGAACAGCGAAGACUUGGUGAAGAUGAUACUAAUAGAUUCUGCCUUCCUUAUUAUGGUCUUCCUGAAAUUUAGUUGCAAGGAGCUCCAAACUGGAAACGAUCGUUUAUUCUCUAAACCAUGGAAGGAAUUUGAUGUUCGGUAUGAUAUGAUUUUGCUUGAGAAUCAGCUUCCUUUCUUCAUUCUCAAGGACUUGUUUGAUGUAUCAGAUAUACGUAAUAAGCUUCAGCUUCAGGGGCUUUCAUUGCUCAAGCUUACCCAUGAAUUCUUGAAAAUAAAAUGGAAGUCUUGGGUCACAGAUGAAGUUUCCGAGGAGCAUAAUUUUUCUCAAGUACAUCAUAUCCUUGACUUCCUAAGGAUUUGCCGGCGACCAUCAUCAACUAUGCAAAUGGAAAGCAAACUUAGCAAGCAAAUCUUUUUGCAUGCUCCCAGCGCAACACAGCUACACCAAGCUGGAGUCAAGUUUGAGUUGAGUCCAAGCAAAAACAAAUUUGACAUACAAUUCGAACAUGGGAUUCUGAAAAUCCCAAGAUUGAGAGUAACAAAGCGCACAGAAUUUUAUUUAAGAAAUCUGCAGGCUUUUGAGCAGUGCCAUUGUAAUGAUGAUAAUAGGUAUACAAGUGACUACAUUGCCUUCAUCACAAUGCUUGUCCGAACUACAAAAGAUGUGGAAGUACUUGCUCAAAGUGGAGUAGCACAAAAUCGGCUACGGAAUAACGAUACCAUGUCAUCUCUCCUUAACAACCUUGGUACAGGAAAUUUUGUCUCACGUACUCGUUUUCACUUCUCUGAUAUUGUUGAAGAGUUAAACAAAUAUUGCGAAAACUCUCUGCACAAGUGGAAGGCAACCCUGAAACAAGAUUAUUUCAAUACUCCAUGGGCAGGCAUCUCCGUUGCUACAGCUGCUAUUCUCCUUCUUCUCACUCUCAUACAGACGGUUUGUUCUAUAAUUCAAAUUUAGUUAGUUAGCCAAGUUAUACUAGUUUUAGUGUUUUUUUUUCCCUUGUAAUUUUUAAUUGUGGUUCUAUAAUUAAGUCUCCUUAAACUCGUGGGGAAGACAAAUUCAAAGUAGGAUUGGUUUGCUUUGUUCUGUAUGCAUGAACAUUAAUUAUAAAUUAAAUUUACAGCUCUAUUAUGCUUACGUCUAGGGAUUAAUCAAUUAGAAAAUAUUAUAAUACUCAAAGCAUGUAUGCAGACACAUGAAAGGAUAUGUAAGCAAUAGUUAGAUAAAUUUAUUUUAAUAUUUUAAUUUUUGAUUUUGUCUUUGUGAUUAAAAUACAUAUAUAUGUGAUUAAUGGAAUAAAAUAAGAUAUGCUUAUAUUGACCAAAAUAUUAUGAAUUAAUUUAUGACCAAUAUUUAAUGACCUCUUGCAAUUAUUAGAGGGAGGGAGAAACUAAAUGUCCCAAUAUGUGCUAUAUCAAAUCAGUUGAAUGACUAUCAAUGCCAUAUAUAUAUAUAAUAAUAAUAUUCAAUUAUCCCCACUUGAGAAGAAAGCCAGUAAGAAAAUAUAUCAUCUGAAACCUUUUCUCACACAAAUUGAUUUCUUAAAAUAUAUUAGCUUCCGUGAAAUAAAUGGAUAUUAGACUUCUUUAAUUUCAAAAUAUUUAGAAUUAUUGGCAAACCUGCAGCUUCGAAGAGAUUUCUCCGUCUUGAAGUCUCAUCUACAAGCUUGAAAUUAAGUCUCUUUCACCGGUUUCUAAUCGAGGGCAGUGGUUCUAUAUAUUUCAAACACAGGAUCCACAACUCCUGCAUAUUACUUCUAUAUGUUUCAUUUUCUUUGUAUGUAAAAUUGCAAUAACUGGUCUUUUUAGAUUGAUUCAUUCAACUGUACUAUUGAUACAUUGGUAGAGAUCAAUAUCAUCCUACUUCAGUGAGAUGGAGAUUAGUGGUAGAACAUCAACUGAGCAAAUCAAGACAAUUAACGAUGUUUCACUUGAUAUUUACGAGCUAGCAAAGUCAGUGAGAAGUGAACUGGAAAUCUUGCAUCCGUUAUCUGAUGACUGUUGUAUCUAUAGAGUACCUAAGCUACUUCGCCAGUUAAACGAGAAAACCUACACACCUCGAGCAGUCUCCGUUAGACCACUUCACCAUGGCAAACCAGAAUUAAGACCGAUGGAAGGACAUAAAACAAGGUACAACGAUUUUCUUGAAUGGAGUGAGAAAGAUUUGGAGGACUAUAUUGAACUUGUUAAAGAUCGCGAGAUCAGAUUGCGCAAUUGUUAUUCAGAAACAAAUUGGACUUAGCAGCGAGGACUUUGUGAGAAUGAUAUUAUUAAAUUCUGCCUUCAUUGUUAUGGUCCUAUUGAAACAUAGUCUGAAAGAAUUUGGAGGUAAGAAAGAUCGUAUAUUUAGUAAACUAAGGAUGAUAGGAGACGUACGCUUCCACAUUUUGUUGCUGGAAAAUCAACUUCCAUUCUUCAUCUUGAUGACUUGUUUAAGCUAUGUACUAUAUCUCAUCAUGAGGGUCAUCAACAACUUUCCAUGAUUUUGCUUACCCAUAAGUUCUUUUCUGAUACAUUUGGCUCAUGGGUUUCAAAGUGUUAGAAGUAAUGCUGAAAUGUGUUAGAAUUUGUCAAUUUCUGUUAGAAUAAAAUCUCUAUUUUUCAGUCACUUGAGGACUGUUAGGGAAAUCAUUUCUGUUAAUAAUGUUUCUGAUUUUCUACCUUAUUUAUUGUCAUUUUCUUGUACUUAAGGAGUUCAUUUAUCAAUGAAAAGUAUGUUCUACCAAAUUAUCUUGUGCGCCUAUAAUUUGUUUGAUAAAAGGCCUCUAUUGUUUAUUUACCUCUCUGUAAGAGAGAGGUCUCUGUGUAUACAUUCUUUUUGUUCUAACACAAAGUACUAUCUUGGAAAAACAUGAUUUCUCUAAAGUAGAGCAUAUGAUAGAUUUUCUAAGACUUUAUCAACAGCCUCCAAAGUUGCAGAACAGAAAGAAAAUCAAGAAGCCAACAGUACCUAGUGUCGCAGAGCUCCAUCAAGCUGGUGUCCCGUUCGAGUUGGGUUCAGGCAAAAACUUGCUCAACAUAAAAUUCCAGAAGGGGAUUUUGGAAAUUCCAUCGCUGCAAAUUGAUGACAGCACAGAAAUAUUACUGAGAAAUUUGAAAGCAUUUGAACAGUGCCUUUGAAACUGAAAUAUCUAUGUAAGCGACUACAUAAGCUUGGUCUCUAUGCUCGUCAAGGGUCCCAAAGAUGUGGAAAUACCGGCUACAAAUGGAAUCAUAGAGAAUUGGCUAGUGAAUAGCGAAGGAGUGUCGACCCUUAUUCAAGAACUUGAACAGGAGAAUCUUCUAUUUUCUUAUGAUUUCUACUUUUCUACUCUUAUAGAGACUUGAAUGCAUAUUGCAAAAAGGUAAUACUUAUGUGGACCAUCCAUCUUGACAAAAAUAUUUUAACACAUAAGUGGGAUCUCACUAUUAAAAAACAAAUGAAAUUUACUUUGAUAUCUUUUAUAUCUACAGUGGAUAAGGUGCAUUUAAAAAUUUUUCUAUGCAAAAAAAAAUAUUUACAUGGAUCAAGAGAUUUUUAAACUAUAAAUAAACGGCUUUCUCCAUAAAAAAAUAAAUAAAAGGCUUAGCAAAUUCUGCCUAUUCGUUAGCAAAUUCUGGUUAGCAAAUUCUUAAAUCACAAGCCUUUUAGAAGAUUUCUGAGUAACCAUCCAACUUAGCAGCGAGAAUUUUGUGAAAUUGAUAUUGUUAGAUGCCACCUUUAUCAUUGUUCUCUUGCUAAAAGGCUUCUCCAUAGA